AAUUGAUUCUCGCGACGGAGUCCUCUGUUUACGAAAUCGGACGGACAAUCGAGUACGUUCGAUUUUUCAGCUCAGUUGUUGUCGUUCCGCGGGCAAUCUCACUCACGAAUACACCGACGACGAUCGAAAAUUGUCAGUGCGAGCAUUAUUUUUACGCGUCGAUCUUUUUGUGUACGUAAUACGCGCGAAGAGGUAAAAAAAUGGAGAAUUUCUUGGAGGAUAUGAAGAAGUUCGUGGGGAAACUCAAGGAGCACGGUCGAGAGCAAAGCAAAAUGGCUUUGGUCGAUCGUCAGCAGAACGAGCAGGUCUGCAAGGAGAUGGACACGGUGCGCAAGCAGAUGGCCGAGAGCGGGUUCAAGAGCAGCGAGAUCUCGGUGAUCUGCCGCAACUUCGCCAAGACCAACAAUUUCCUGUACCGAUGUGCAGCCAUGCUCAAGCACGACUCCAAGUUUCACGCCUCGUGCUUCGAGUGGGCGGGCCACUGCCUCGCCUACGCCCAGCCCGGCUCUAUGGAGCACGUGCUGGGUCUUCAGACGCGCGCCAAGCUGCACUAUCACUGCGGCAACUGGGAGGAGUGCCGUCAGGACGCCGCCGACGCCCUAGACCUGAUGGACAGCGGCAACAUCUACGAUCAGAUGGGUACGACGAUGAAUACGCUGAGGCAGCUGCUGGUGCAGGUCGUGGGACGCUCCCUCGUGACUUAUAUUGGCAGCGCGAACAGAGAUCGGAGCACGAAUAUGUGGCACGUUCUGAAUCCCAGAUUCCUGAAGCCUCAGCUGAAGCGGCCCAAUGCGAACCAUCCGUGUCUGAGCGAUGGGGUCGAGCCGGCCUACAGCCCGGAGCGGGGUCGUCACCUCGUGGCCAAACGCGACAUCGAGGUGGGCGAGAUGAUCCUGGUCGAGGACCUGGCCUGCGGCGUUCUCACGCAAAAAGCCGUGCACACCAAGUGCGCCCACUGCCUGGCCCAGGCCUGGGUCGGACCUGCCUGCGACAAAUGCGUCAACGCCGUCUACUGCUCCAAGCAGUGCAAAACCGAGGCCUGGCGCGACUAUCACUACAUCGAGUGCGACCUCUUCCAAAUGAUGGACAGUGACAAGGAACGGGAACUCGCUGUGCCCGCCCUGAGGCUGCUCAUAAAGUCCAUCAGGAAAGAGGGACUGAAGCAAAUCAUCCAGAUCGCCGACACCAUCGAUCGGAAUAGAGAAUCGUUUCACAAGAAGCUUCCGAUGUCAUCCGAGUACGCAGAGACACCGGAAACCAAAUAUUGUUUUACCGAUUUCGGUUUGAUUUACGGUUUGCUGGAUCGAGCCAACUACGACGAAAAGUUCGAACGUUGUAUUAAAAAAAUUAGAGAUAGUAUGGACGUUGAACAAGAGAAGCGAUCGGAGGAUUACAUGGAGACCGAUGAAUUGCCAGAUCAACAGUACGACCUUCCCGUGGACGUUGAAAACGAGAAGCGAUCGGAGGAUCACAUGGGGACCGAUGAAUUGCCAGAUCAACAGUACGACCUUGUACUCAAGAACGUGCUGAGGAAAUGUAAGAGCAACGAUAUUGACAAGGACACUAUGAGGGCGAUUAGGAGGAUUUUCAAAAAGUUAAAGUUGAUUUUCCAUGUCAAUCAUAGUUAUUUCGGUUGGGUGCCCGAUAGAAAGUCUAUUAAGACAACUACUUUAGAUAUCAACAGUUUCGCUCUCUCUUAUUACUCCUCCUUGCUCAAUCACUCUUGCUUCCAUAAUUGUAUGAUGUCCAUCGGAAAAGGCGGGAAAUUGAUAGUCUACGCGCUCUAUCCGAUAAAACAAAACGAGCAGAUUACGAUAAGUUACAUGAGUAAGGUGACCUGGAAUAUGGAUGCGACUAUAAGGAAGCUCAACUUGGCCUUGCAGAAAAGUUUCUUCUGCCGCUGCCAGGGUUGCGUCGAAGGUUGGUCGAUCUCGGAUGGUCAGCUGAGUGGUCCCAUUAACUCUACCGUGUGCCCCCGAAUUCUCGCUCAGGCAGAGCUGGGCCUGUACGCGGAGAAUGGCAACACUUGGUACUUGACCAGGCAGCAAAUUGACGCUCUUAAAGACAUCAUCAAGGACUGCUUUGAAGAUCUGAAGGAAACCUCUCCAAUGAUAGCCCUCAAAUUAGCGGAUGUUUACAUAAGAUGCCUGAUUCAGGCUUACCACUUGAUGUACGGAGUCGAAUGCGCAGCACCGGAAGAGUGUCACUCUUUACCAAUUGUAGUUGUGCGUUAAUCGUUAUGCGAAUAUCAUUUUGUAAACUUUUAAAAACUUUAAUUUUAUUUACGUACACUCAGACCGCACCAGGUUAAGCUGGCUGUACUCAGACAAUAUCGUAAUGGGGCUGUAAUACCGGUUAUGAAAAAUUGGAUACAUUGCGACAAUACA